AUGGUUCUCAUUGAUGAGGAGGGUAAUAGCAUCCAUGCUCAGGUCUACCCUCCAGCUGAUGAAUUGUUCAGGACCCGUAUCAAGGAAGGAGGUGUCUACACCUUCUCCUACUUUCGGGUCAAAGGCUCCAACAUCUGCUACAAGCCAGUAGAAAAUGACCAGAUGCUUGUGUUCACAAAAUGGACCAAAGUGGAAGAAGUUCUUGCUGUUCCUCCUGCUUUCCCAAUGUAUGCCUACUCAAUUGCCUCACCAGAACAGCUUCAAGCACGUAUUGACACCAGGACGCAGUUCACAGAUGUUAUUGGAGUCAUAACUGCCAUUUCAAGUAUUGGGACAACACAAACAAAGCUAAGGCAGGGCAGCAGCACCAAGAGGACCGUCACUAUACAGACACCAAGCAACAUCCUCUUAGAUGUCGUGCUUUGGUCAGAGCGUGCCACAACUUUCCCAGCGGAUGAAGUCCACAAAGAUGGCCAGACUUCUCCACAGGUAGUGCUGUUCGUUGGUACUCUUGUCAAAAGCUUUGGAGGUAUGUCCCUGUCUGGGAGUUCACCUUGCAAGUGGUACAUCAAUCCUGACAUUCCUGACACAAGGAAGCUUCUGGCUAGCGCGAAGCCAGGGUAUAAGCCAAUUGUUUGGUCCGAGGGCUCAAGUGCUGCUGUCCAAAAAGAACCUGCUUAG